GGAGAGGAGGGAUGGAUGGGACUGGUGGCAAGGGCGGGGAGGACGAAAGUGAGGGGGAAGGUGGGAAGCCCGUGCGAGGAAAGGGAGAUGGAGAGGAGAAGGGGUCGACGGAGGGAGAGGAGGAGGAAGAGGAGGAGGAAGAGGAGGAAGGGGAGGAAAGGGAGGAGGGGGAGGAGGAAAAAACAGGUUUGGGGGGGAAGAUUAGUAAGGGGAAGGGAGAAGGAAGAGCGUCAGAGAGAAGGGGAGAAGUUAGGGAGGGGGAGGAGUCUCGAGGGAAGCAGUCAGUUGGGAGGGAAGAGGAGGGAGAUUCAAGGGCAGAGCAGUUGGCAGGAGAAAGGGAGGUUAGUGAGGCUGCUGCUGCUGCUGUUGCUGCUGCUGCUGCAGGGGGGAAGGCGAGGAGAGGAGAGGGCAGAGGAGAGGAAGAAAGGGCGAUGAGUGCAAGGAAGGGCGGGAAAGGAGAGGAGGGAAGUGAGGAUGUGGAUGAAGACGAGGAGGAGGAAGGAGAAGCAGAGGAGGAGGAAGAAGAGGGCGGUGGGAGGAAGACGGGAGGAGCAGGGAAGGACGAGGUUGGUGGGGAGAAGAAGGGAGAGGAGGAGAAGGAGGAGGAGGAGGGGGAGGCGAAGGGAAGUGUGGAGGAAGAAGAAGAGAAGGAGGAAGGGCAGAGAGAUGUGGAGGGUGGGAAGGGAGUAGAGGAGGGUGGGGACACAAAGAGCCCAGGUAGGAAGGCAAAUCCAGAGGAUGGAGAGAGGGAUGGGGUGGAGGAGGGAGUGGAGAGGGAGGAAGAGAGGGGAGCAGGUAAAGAUAGCAAAAGCUACGGAGAGGCAGGGGAAGAGGAAGAGGGACAACGGCGGGAGGAGGGAAGUGCGGAGGGUGGUGAACGUGAGGGUGGCUUUGGGACGUCUGAAAGCGCAGGGGGCAGUGAGCGUGAGGGUGGCAUGGGAGGGGAGGAAGGUGGGGAGGUGAGAGCAGGGAUGGGUGGGGACCAGACAGGUGAAGGGGGACCACAGGGAGGGGAUGGGGACGAGAGCGAAGGGCAGCAAGGGGAGGAGGAUGGGGAUGAGCAUUCUGGGGGGGCGCGAGAGGACGGCCAAGAGGCAGGGCAGGGAGCAGGAGAGACAUGGGGGGCAGCAGGAGAGGCAGGAGCGGUUGAGGGAGAAGUAGAGGGGCAGGAAAGCGGGGCGGGAGGCACUGGAGCAGCAGAGUAUGGGAGCAAGAUUGGAGUCGAUUCGUCCUACAACGGAGCACAGGAGCAGCGGGGCAGUGAGUUCGGCAGCAGCAGCGACGUGAGUGUGUCGGACGACCACUCCCUGGGCCUGGGGCCGGGCUUCGGCCACGCAGCAGCAGACCUCGAGUGGGACCUGCCCCCCCCCGUGCUACAGACGAGGGCCCAGGCUGUAGCAGAGGGGUACAGGGAGGCAGCAGGCAGAUUCGUUCCCAUGCUGCCUGUGGAACAGGUGAAGCGGGUGGAGGAAGCUGCAAGGAAGUUUGCCAAGGACGGAACAAUCAUCUUCGCAGCAGCUUCUUAUGUCUACCUUCCUCUCUUCCGCAACUGGGCGGCGUCUCUCAGCCGCAUUGGCCUCGCCAACCACUUCCUGCUCUUCGCUCUGGACCAGGCCAUGUACGUGGCAGUGGAGGACGCCUACCCCGGCCACGCCAUGUGGCUCGAAGUGUCGGACCUCACUCAGCAGCCAGCACCUCGCCCCACCUCCUUCCACCACCUCGGCUCCCCCGAGUUCCUCCUGUUGGCGGCUCGCCGGCCGUUCUUCGUGCGGGCUCUGCUUAAGGCUGGGGUGAAUGCACUCUACAGCGACCUCGACACGGUCUGGCUAAAGGACCCCCUCCCAUCCUUCUCCCCCUCCCUUGACAUCACCUUCCAAGACGACUCACACCUCUUCUCUCCUGGCGAACCAUCCCCCCUCCCCAUCCGCUCCCCCUCCUCCUCUCCCUCCUCCCCUUCCAAUUCCUCCCUCGCCAUCCCUCUCCCCUGGUCCCAAAUCGCCCGAGCCUCCCCGUGCCUGGCCCUGUUCCGCCGAACCAAGGCCACUGAAGCUGUGGUGGAGGAUUGGGCUCGGAGAAUGGCGACAGUGGACUACGCCUAUGCCGUGCCUAGCAGUGAUGUACCCCUGCUGCAAAAGGCCCUGUUUCAAAUGGCUAAGGAUGGGCAGCCCCUGAGCCUGGGCGUCCUUCCUCAGGAGUCCUUCCCCCCUGGGUGGCUUGCUUUCAGCCCUCUCGGUUCCUCCUCCCCUUCAUCCUCCGUUUCCCCGUUUUCAUCCUCAUCCUCGUUAGAAGCCUCCCAGUUGCCAGCUCUAGGAUCCGAGUUGCUUAGAAACGAUCAGCCGCCACUGUCGCUGUCGUCAAUGGGCGCAGCAGGGGGGGGGUCAGGGGAGAGAGUGUGGCUGCAGGAGCACCGGGAGGAGGUGGUGGUGGUGCAUUGCAACGCUGCUAGACUGCUGCCGUUCAAGAUAGAUGCGAUGAAGGGCGCCGGGGUGUGGUUCUCUGAUGCUGUAGAGUGAUUCCAUUGCAGUGGUUUGGGUUGGAUACAAGAGCACAGGGAGGGGUGGUGGUUGGUGCAGUGGUGGUGGUGCAUUGCAAUGCUGCUAGAUUGCUGCCGUUCAUGAUGGAUAUGGUGAACGGAGAAGCCAUGUGGGUCUCUAAUGCGACAGACUGAAGGUUUGGUGGCGAUGAGAUGUGGUAGGGAGUGUAGGGAGGAUUUUAUGGUGGUAGUGGAGGUGAGCGUGUUCCUUGGAAAGCAGUUAAGUUGUCGCCAUUCACCAUGAAUACAAGCAGCUGAAGUGUGGUUCUCAUGCCACUGGGUGAAUGCUAUGAUAACCGUUUGAAACAAUUUUGGAACUGGAGUGUGGGUUUUAUGUCACUGCUUGAAUUGCUUUUCAGAUUG